UCCUCUGUAAUUUUCUUCUUUCUCGUUCGGCAAUGGCGGAAUAGGGAGGUGGGAAGUGAUUGGGAAGGGGAAUUUAUUAGGUUGAUAACGAAAUUGAUUAGGAAACUGAAUUGGGUGAUUUCAAUGGGAGGAGGGAGCGCCAUUAAUCAGCUGAAUGAGAGUUGUGCUUGAAGCUCUUUCCCUUUUUAUCCUCGCCACCACAAGCAAGGUGUUUCACGAGAGUGUGACGCUGAAACCGAUAGAGUGAGAAAGUAAGAGAGAGAGAGAGAAAGGCGUCUCUCUCUUUUCACUUUUCUCCUCUCUCUCUCCUUCCUUACUUUUUUGUUUGAGAAGAGAAGAGACGAGAGGCCGAUUGUCUUUCUUCCUUCUGCAAGGCCAUUUUCCCUUUUCGUCUGCUCCAUCUCUUUCGCUUUCUCUUUUCUUUUCAUGAAGAGAACCUGAUUCUCCUUACCCACGAGUAAGGGCCAUCACACUUUUCUUUCUUCUUCUUCUUCAUUUCCGUCGUUUCGCUCACUCUCUAGAACUGCAGAUCGGACACUGAACUUGGAUUUUUUUCUUUUUCGUAGAGACCAAGCAGUUUGUUCUUGUCCUCACAAAACUUCUUCGCGUCUCUCUUCUGGAGUCAUAAUUACUCCCACCAUUAAAUUACCUUCCUCCUAUAAACCUCUACCUUCGCUGAACCGACGUUCUGGUUUCCUUCCUUCUUCCUUCCUUGAUUCCUGCCGCAUUCUGCUGCUAAAUGCGCUUUCAUUAACUUGUGUUCAUUUAUUUAAACUCUGCUCUUCUUCUCCCGUUUCAUUUCAAGAAGAAAGGACAAAAGGGUGAGUGAAAGAAGGAAAGAUCUGGGGGUUUGCUGGGUGGUAACAUUCUCAGCCAUGGAAGCUGUUUUCACUAAGAAGAAGAAGGUGGAUUCUGGUUUUGGUUUGUUAUGAAAAUGAAGAUGACACGCGGAACGAGUCGGUUCGCGCGCCAGAUGAAUCCGCAGCAAUCUGCAGCUGGGGGAGUUUCAGUGGCGCCAGAGAAAUCGAAGAAGGGGAGGAUUAGGAGACUGAGCGCCGUUAACAGAGCCAGCAGCUCGAGUUUCGAGGAUUCUCCACCUUCGUUGAUUAUGGGGAAGAGGAAUAAUGGUGACGUAUGUGACAGAGAUGAGCAGCCACAACAGUUCCCUUCUUCUUCGUCUUCUCCUGCCGGUGGCAAUUCAAUCCAUAGCAAGAGAUUCAAGCUCCCCAGAAAGUUGCUUGAUGGCUGCAAUGGCGUCGGCCAUGUCACUGUUCCAAGGAAGUUACGUUCAGCAAUGAAGAAACGAAGUAGAGAGUCUGUCUCUCCACCUCUUUCUGAUUCACAGAAGCUGAACCGUGCAACUUGUGGUGACGGAGAAUCACGAAAAGGCAACGGCUUCAAAAGAUCGAGACUUGACUUGGACAAUGGGCCGAUUACUAAAGAUGAGGAGGAAGUUGCUGAGGCUCUUUAUGCUCUGGCUGGAAUGUUCCCAGACAAUACCCUUACCGACAGCAAGUCUAAAUUACAAAACGAUCCUCCAGAUGAAAAUACUACAGCCUUGAAGGAUGGUACUGAGGUUUCAGACCCUGCAAUUGGAGAGGAUUUGAACUCCAUCUUGGGGUCGAGGGGCAAACUUCAGGAGGAAACAGCUGACAUUAGCUCUUGGAAGAUACCCCGAGUCCAGGAUCUUCCUGAGAUAUACAAUGGCAGAACUCUAGCUGAGAAAAUUGUGAAUCUUGCUGGUCAAGUAAACAUGGACACUACUACUCUGGUGGCUGAACCUGAGAAGGAAAAGAAGCUUGUCUGCAAUUCGAUUAGUGCUCUCAUUCCACUCGAGUCAGUUCUUAAUACAGUAAACAAGAAGGCGCCAACCAAUCCAGAACAUUGGUUACUUGGCAGAACGACAGAGGUUUCCUUGGAGCUGACCACUGCACAAGGGCUGCAACUGGAUAAGCAGCUUCCGGUCAAUGAACCAAAGAAAAAUGGUCUCGCUCUGUGGCCGGGAUUGUCAUCAGCAGCAUCAAAUGGUCCAUCUUCUAGUCACAGCCCUUCACUGCAAUGGUCUCCUGCUAAACUUCCUUCUUGGCUGGAUGCAGCGGUAUCUACUUCUAGGCUAGCAGCUUCCUCUUCGAAGGUCAGUGACAGAAGACCAUGGAGGAGAAGCAUGACUCACGUUUUCAUAAGCCGUCUCAUACAGACUUUACAAACCUCAGAGGACAAAGACAGCCAUCCACCAGCUAGAGUCGAAUCCCAUGAGAUGUUGAAGCCAGGAUUAUCUAUGACGCUGAGUGACUUCCAUGACACGAGAAAGGGUUUCACUGAAGUUUCCUCAACAAGUACAAGCGAAUCAGCUAGAGAAGGUAUCGGUCUGCAACAGAGGAUGAUUUGCUACAAUCAGUCACAACCCGCUCUCUUUCCUCUUGGCACGUACAGUUGUCAGAAGCAGCAGAGCUUCAAUUUCAUGUCCUUUCUGCAAGCCAAUACAAGUUUCAAUGGAGCCACAACACAUCAGACUCAACUUCACCCAACAACGACGUAUCUCGGCAUGCCACUGUAUGCUCCUCCUAAUCUAAUAACUAGGCAACUGCUACUACAACACCAUCAGCAGCAGCAAGCACAAGCUCACCAUUCUCAUCUUCUGUCAGCAACUCAGUACAGGGAAGCCGGAGCUUCUUCCCCUGCAGCACCAACACUGACUGAUCUUUUCACUUGGCAGAACAAGAAGCAAGACCCUACACCAGCCCGAGCAGCAAUGGCGAUGCCAUCAUAUGUUCGAGCCAUCAUCCCACCACACGAUCAUCAGCUUAAUGCCAGAGUGAGAAGGCAAGACAAUGUCUUUUCUUCUGGUUAUGAACAGGGUGGGGGAAGGGGCGGGUUUAGAACGAAUGGUGCAGCAGCAGCAGCAGCAGCAGCAGCACUGCCCCUGCAACUACUCUGCGAUGAACGCAUGUGAGCAAAGAGGUUUGCUUCACCUGAUCACGAUUGUUUCAUUCAUCGUCAGUGUGAAAGAAACGUUAGCAGAGAAUUCACUUCCGCUUGUACUUGUACAGCCGUCUUGCAAGGAUGGCAGAGAAUUCACACAGCCAAAAAGUAUAUAUAUGAAACAAAAUUUUGCAUUCACUGCUCUCUAUUCUCUCCAUGAUAGCCUGCCCUUUCUCCAUAGCGCUCUAACGAGUAACUACAGAAACUUUCUGUGCUAUUUUGUUAGAAACACGUUUUCCUUAAGAAAAUGGGUUUUCUACCAUAAUUAUCAUUAUUGUUAUUAUUAGGUUUUAUUAGAUAUGGUUAGUAGUCUUUUAGCAGAAUUAGGUUUAGUAUUAGGUUUUCCUAUCUUUCGUUAUAAAUAUGUACUUUGCGUUUUAUUCAUAAUCAAGCAAAAACAAUUAUUCAGAAAAGUAUCUCAAACCC